CUUUGCGGGACUUCCUACCGCCGCCGUGGAAGGACAUGCAUGUCAAGUACUUGCGGGACAUCACUGCUCUCAGCCCGGCCAGUCGAAGCCUGUGGACUUGCCGCAAGAUGCCUCCGCCCUCCUCCGCCUCAGUAACCGCCGGCUCGUCCCCUCCGCCCGGCCCUACCCUGGAGCUUCGCACUGCCAGCGGCAACCCGCUCUUUAUGCGCGUGUCGGUCUCCACGGUGGAAAUGGCGGGGGAGCCGACACACGUCAUACGGCUUGCAAGGUCUUCCCUGGAGGCAGCACUGGACGAACGGCGCUUGCGUCUGAGUGUUUCCCCGGAGGGUGUCAUCACGGCCGCAAGCAAGGGAACCCCCACACAGCUGUUUGGGCUGGAGCCGCAGCAGUUCGUUGGCCAAAG